AUUCAAGACUGUCUGUCCGCUACGAGUUGUAUACAAGACCGACACGACAGACAGAGAAAAGAGAGAGAGAGAGAGAGAGAGAGAGAACGAGGAGUAGAGAUUAUCCCCUUCCCUGCUUCACUUAUUACACCCACACAUCGUCCACCACCCGUCAUGCACUGAGUCAUUAGAGAGUCAUGAGCUCGACCAACCACAAGCCAGUCCCUGCAGCCCCCACCACCACAGCCACCACCACAGCCCCAUCCUGCCACCAGCCCUCCUGCCUCACCACCCUCGCCGCCCGCGCUGUGGCCAGAUGUCUUACCUUUGAGGAUUACGAGGACUGCUGCCACUAUAGAUGGGACCCCGUCAAUAUCUGGCAGUAUGAAAUCCCCCACAAGAAGAAGAAGGGGAAGAAAGCAUCCGAGAGAAGCCAAAUGUUUACCAUCAAUGAGGCUGCCGUCCCUCCCCCCACGCCGGCCUGGCAAGACAUCAGGCGUUUCCGGGACUGGUGGUGGCAGACGGGGGCCCUCGGCAGCAUGGACUCCGUGCUGCGGGGGAAGAUCCUGUCCGCCUUCGAGCAGCUCAGUUGGACGGCCAGGACAGAGGAGGAGUUCAUAUUGUUCCUCCUUCUGCGGAUUUGUAUCGAGACUAAGAUCGAGCUUGGCUGUUCCCCGUUUGAGAUCGAGAGUGAGUGGUGUGCAGACCUGGCGCAGAUCCUCACCCAGCUCGGCCUUCCACUGCUCAAACUGUACGUCACCCAUGAGUCGCUGGGCCUUAAGCCGCUCCUAAUCAGUCUGGUCCAGCAGUCACCACACCUCCAGGUGUUGCAUGUGAACCAGUGGGCGCUGAGCAACGACUUCAUGACAGCGUUGGGGAGCCACUGUCGCCUCCUCACUGAGUUUGCCAUCCCAUACAUGCAGCCACAGGUGUUCAUGAGUGACGAGGCACUGUUCGCCUGCUUCUUUGACGGCAUGAGCAGCAAGGAGGUGCUGGAGUGCUGCAGGGAGGGUAACAAGGCACCUCUCUCGUUCUCCCGACUGAAGAUGGUGGACAUACUGUACUGGAAGCAGACACAGAGGUUCGUACAGAUGCUGGCGUGCUUCUACCCGGGCGUCAGAUUGAGAGACGUGGAGAUAAACUUCUUUGAGGGGGAGCAGAAGGGCAUUGCGAGUCCGUUCCUGGAGGUGGGGACUCAGAUGCCGGCCAUGGGUGCCACCUUUAGCCUCAACGAUGCAGCCCUGGGGAAGCUGGCCGGCCUGGUGAAACACGCACCAUACCUUAGAGAACUUCGCGUGCAUGUGGACGGCGGGGCAGACAGGUUGGUGGCAGACCCAGAGACACGCAUGGAGGAGGCCGGGGCAAGGCUGGACAAGCUAGUGGGUCAGUUGACAGCCUUUGAGUCCCUGGCGGUGCGCAGCGAUUCCCUGACAGGCGCAGUGAGUGCCUUCGAGCCGGCACUGGUGACAAGAGGGGAGUGUGUCACCACUCUCCAUCUGUGCUGCGAGAGGACCAUGAUGGAGUCCAAUGCUGUGUACCAAAUGGUGAAUCUCUGCCCCCGCCUGUGUGUGCUGGUGCUCACCCUCCCGCUGGGCAAGAAAGAUGCCUCCUCCAGCUGCAAGACGGUACUGCAGCCCUGCCACACUCUGCACACCCUGGCCGUCCUGAACAGUGGGUGGGUGUCCCUGCCAGAGGACUCCUGCCCGCUGAAGAUCAUGCACCACAUACUAGAGGCAGCGCACAACCUCAAGACUCUGGGCCUCUCCUGCACGAUGGCCAUGAAGGAAGACCUCUCAACUCUCGCCUCUGAUUCCCUCCGUUCCAUGCACCUCCAGUUCACCACACAGCCAGAGACGCCCUCAGAACUUGCCAACUUCCUGAGCCCUAUGCUACCAAACUUCCCCAACCUGCGCAUCCUUUCCCUAGAUGAGAAGUUUGCGCAGUUCCCCCUCGAGGCUCUCGCUCCCCUGCUAAGGACUGGGAUUGAUGUGACGAAGUGGGUGCCUGAGUUUCUACACCCUGCCAGAUGGGAAUUCCCUAGUGAAUCUGUUAAUAUAUUUAGCUUUUAAGUGUGUGUGUGUGUGUGUGUGUGUGUGUGUGUUUUGAAGUAAGUCUGUUAAUAUUUUUAGUUCUUAAGUGUGUGUGU